AUGGCCCCAGAAGGCCGUGGUGCCCCACGCGGCAGGGGCCGUGGCAGAGGUGGCCGAGGUCGUGGUCGCGGAGGAGCCUCUGCUGCUCCAAGCGGUGGUUCUCAGGGCUCAGAGGCCGUGAAUGCACCUCCAGCUGCACCUCAAGCCUCAGAAACGAAGACGCCGGCCCAGGACAACGCCGCCGAUCCCUCCGCCUCCCAAGCAGCCCCAACUCCCGGCGCCAGCGCAACAAGACCAGCACCAACAGCAAGGCCAGCAGCUGCGACCCGAGGAAGCGGUUCCGGAUUUGGAAAGUUCCUCCCCAGAGCUGUGCGGCGGUCACAAUUGGACAGAGAGGCGAUCGCGCAAAAGGAGACUCAGAAGCUCGAGGACAAGGCGGCGCAGGAUGCGCGCAUGAAACGCGCAGCACGGGGCCGGGGUGGGAGGCGUGCGCGAGGUGGUCCCGCGGGCGGUUUCCAAGACCGUGUUAUUAGGGGUGGCGCUGGUGGUUUUGGGUCGAUGAUUGAAGCUACUAGUUCUCGAGGAGGAUCGAGCGGGUUCGGACGAUUGUACGACUACGGCGGUGGAGGUGGUGGAGGAGGCGGCGGCUCAGGUGGCCGCGGCUGGUCCGGCGGCGUCAAAUCAGAAGGAGGCAAGGGUUUCAGCGGCGAGUCGAGCCGGCCAACCGGCAGGCGCAUGAACACGGAUAAAAUCGUCGAAUACGUUGUCAUCGAGGAUGAGGAGGAGCAAGUAAAGAGCAAGGAGGGCACGCCAGUACUACUGCCCAAGGGAAUGCAACGCCAAGAACCCAAGGAACCGGAUCAACCAGAGGUUGCUACUGCAGAGGAAGUCGAAGCCGCGGACAGGGGAGAGGCCGUGGUAACCGUCUCGUCAGGCGACGUCUCGGAAGACGAGGACAUAUUCUUGAACGAAGAUGACGUGGAGAUGAAAGACGACGACCGGAAGUGGCCUGGCGCGAAACCGAAUCGUCGCGUUAAGAUCGAAGGCGAGGAGGUCAACGAGAUCGAUACUCUCACGACGAAACGGGCGAUCAAGAAGGCAGAGGAGAAGGCGAAAGCACUCAAGAAGAAGUACCAGGACCCCGAGGACCAGCUUGCCGCCGAGAAUCUGGCUUUCCAACGACGGUUGUUCGGCGUCUCGAGCGGAGAAGAAGACGACGAUUCAGAUGUCCAAGAGACCAAGCCCCCUCGGAAACCCGCAAUCAUCGACGGCAACCUCUACAUGUUCCAAUUCCCUCCUCUCCUACCACCACUUCACACCGUCGAGCGGACACAACAGUCACAAGGCCCCGUUAAAGACGAGCCCAGCGACGACGUGGUCAUGCUCGACGCCCCAGCCCACAACUCCGACAAUCCGGUCGACCUCACCGCAAACGACGACGCCAAAAUCAAGCAAGAAGAGGGCGCCGAUGGCAAGGCGCCGCGGGAGCCAGAGGACCAGCCGGAAGGAUUCGUCGGCCGGCUCAUUAUCCGCAAGUCGGGCAAGAUGCAGAUCGACUACGGCGGCAUGCUGUUCGACUGCGAGUCGGGCAUUCCCGUCGAGUUCCUGCGCACGGCCGUUCUCACCGAGCUGGACGACGAGAAGAAGCCCGACGGCUACGCGGGCACCGCCUACGGCAUGGGCCAGAUCACGGGCAAGUUCGUCGCGGUGCCCAAGUGGAGCGACGAGGACGAGUGGAACGUCGGCCCGGACGAGCUCCCGCCCAACGGCAUCGGCGCGGCCGAGGAGGACGGCGCGGCGGCUUAG